CACCAGUUAGUCACUCUGAAACCGAAAGGAGCUGAGACAUAAGCCCUAAAAUUCUACAGUUCUUCCGGUUGCUCUCUGCCUGAUAGACCACAAUAUCCGAAAUAUCUGGUUCGUUGAAAUCCCACCGGAGCAUCCAAGAGCUUUGCACCCUCAAAGCAGCAGAAUUUUUCCUCGUUUCCCUUCCUCUUCUUCCCUUUUCACUCUCUAAGGUGGAUGGGUUGUAGUGAGCCUGAUAUAUCAAGUCAUCCACAAGAAGAGAGUGACUACAAUGAACUUCCAACGUCAUUUAGAUUGGAUAUUGAUGUGCAACGUGAUUGUCGAAGCUCAAAAGAUUCCUCUGCCGAAAGGAGUCAGGCGUUUAUCGACCAUGAACAUGACUCUCCGAGAGAGUGUCAAAGUCCAAAAGGUUCCUCUUUUAAGAAGAGGCUGGUGGUUAUUGAUACUGAGCAGGAGUAUCAGAGUCCAGUUCCUUCUUCUAUUGACAAGAACCAGGUGGAAAUUGACUGCGAGGAAAGUGAAACCCCAAAAUUUUACUCUGUGAGUAAGUUUGAGAUGGAUGUAGAUGGUGAGCAGGAGUUGCAGAGCCCAAAUGUUCCCUGUGCUGAUGUACCAGGAGCUGGUAUGGCCAUGAAAGGUGAGGAAUACAUUUAUGUGGUACCGCAAAUUGGGGUGGAGUUUGAGUCAGAAGACCAUGCAUACAAUUGUUACAGUAGAUAUGCUGUGCUGGAAGGUUUCAGCAUUAGAAAAGAUUUUGUAAAUAAAAGUAGGAUAAAUGGUAUAGUUGUUUCAAGAAGGUACACUUGUUAUAGACAAGGAUAUCGGCCUAUCCAACAUAAUGCCAACGUGAGGAAAUCCCGGCAGGAAACAAGAACUGGUUGCUUGGCACACAUGACCAUUGCACGUCAACCCAAUGGCAAGUUUUGUGUUACUCAUUUUGAACCUAAGCACAAUCAUGAGUUUGUUGCCCCGUGUACAACUUAUCAGUUACCAUCACAGAAGAGAUUGAAUUUUGCUCAAGCAAUUGAAGCCGACUUGGGUGAUAAAUCUGGAAUAGAUGGGGUGCCAAAACUUGGAAUGGGGUUCGACUCAGAAGAUCACGCAUAUGAGUUUUACAACACAUAUGCUGGACGGGUAGGUUUUAGUGUUCGGAAGGAUUAUGUAAAUAGGAGCAAAAUAAAUGGUUCUGUGGUCUCUAGAAGGUUUACCUGUUUUAGAGAAGGUUUUCGGCAGAGAGACAAACGGGACAUGAAUGUGAAGAGACCUAGAAAGGAGACAAGAAUUGGCUGUUUGGCGCAGUUGGUCAUAUCUCGACAACCUGAUGAUAGAUACCGUGUCACUCACUUUGAAGAAAAACACAAUCAUGAGCUUGUUGCUGCUUGUAGAGUUCACAUGUUGCGGUCGCAAAAGAGAUUAAUUGCAGCACAAGUUUUUGAAGGCGAUUUAGUGGAUUGUUCUAAUAUGCAGCCAGAAGCAGCCUCUGAGUUAAUACGUAAGACAGGUAGAGACUGUGAUAAUAACGGUUAUGAUCCCAUAGAUUAUAAAAAUAAACUUCCUUUCAAAUGUAUGCGAGGAAUGAGAGAGGGAGAAUCAGCCAGACUGCAGCAAUUUUUUCAGAGCAAGCAAUUGAAGAACCCUUCCUUUUUUUAUGCUUUGCAACCUGAUGUAGAUGAUCAAGUAACUAAUGUUUUCUGGGUUGACACCAAGAUGGCGAUGGACUAUGGUGAUUUUGGUGAUGUGAUCUGCUUUGAUACAACUUACAGAUUACAGAAAGAUAGCCGACCAUUCACACCUUUCAUUGGGAUAAAUCAUCAUAAGCAAAUGCUGAUCUUUGGUGCUGCACUUUUAUAUGAUGAAAGUGUUGAAUCUUACAAGUGGCUCUUCCAAACUUUCCUAGAGGCCAUGUCGGGAAAGAAGCCAAAAACUAUACUCACAGAUCAAGAUGCACUGAUGGCUGAAGCAAUUGAUAAGGUAUUUCCCGAAACAAUGCAUCGAAUUUGUGUUUGGCAUGUGUACCAAAAUGCACUUAAACAACUGAGCUACAUGUUUGCGGGCUCUGGUUCUUUUAUCAAUGAUUUAAGCAGUUGUCUUUUUUAUCAUGAGGAUGAGGAGGAUUUCAUUAAUGCAUGGAAGGUAUUGUUGGAUGUAUACGGUCUUUGGGAAAAUGAGUGGUUGCAUGAGAUGUUUGAAUAUAGAGAGAAAUGGUCCACAGCUUAUGGAAGGCAUAUUUUUUGUGCUGACAUAAAAGCUGUACUGCUACAUGAAAGUUUUACUGAAAACCUGAGAAAGUAUUUAAAGUCAGACUCGGAUGUGCUUCUGCUGUGCAAGCAUCUUGGAAAGGUCAUAAAUGAUUGGCACUACAAAGAACUAGAGGGUAACUACAACAUGCACCACCAUCUGCCAGAACUUAUGGGUGAUGUGAUUCUUUUGAAGCAUGCGAGGAAUAUGUACACACCAAUGAUAUUUGAAUUGUUCCAGCAAGAGUAUGAAACAUGCCUAAAUAUCAUUGUGAAUCAAUGCACUCAGACUGGGCCGUUGUUUGGGUACAAAGUUAGCAUAUAUGGGCAACCACGAGAGUACUUGGUUACUUUUGAUUCAUCUACAGAAACAGUUGCCUGUAAUUGUAUGAAAUUUGAGUUUAUGGGAGUUUUGUGCAGCCAUGCCUUGAAAGUACUCGACUAUAGGAAUAUAAAGAUUCUCCCUUCCAAAUACAUUCUGAAGAGGUGGAGUAAAGAUGCUAGGGUCUGAAAUUAUGGACGGAAGCCUUUUGGGGCACUGCAUAAGAAGACAUCUCCAUUGCUGCUUCUAUAGAAGAAAAUCAUUUUCAAUAUGCCUCAAAUUAUCAUUAGGCAGAUAUUGACUGAAAAAGAAGAUGCACAGUGCUUAAGAUCCGUUAUGAACCAUCUUGAAAGACUGUCGUGUAACUUUUUUAUGGCAGCUGACCACAGUAUAUUGUACCAUCAUCCCGAGGCUAGGUUGGUUUCUCUUGUCAUAGAUUUCUAUAUGUCCUGAAAUGAAGACCCAUCAUCUGUUACAUAUUAUCUCGGCUAUAAUUUGAAUCCUUGCUUAACAGAUUUUUGUUUCUUUACUACUUAGGGGUACACUCAAAUAAUGAGAUGCUGAAACCUAUUUCCAAAUGGAAAUUCCACAGCCUUCCACAACUUCUACACUUCGUAGAACAAUUCUUGGUACAGGUAAAAAUGGAAAGACCGUACAAUUUUUUGUCCACUAACCAACUACACUCUUCAUACAUUUGCUCAAAAUCUAUAUGCAUAUAUGUCUCCGGCAAAUUAAUUUUGGUAUGCGGUGCGAUCAAACCUAACUAAAAUUUGCUAGAAGCUUUCAGCAGGACUGAUAUAUCUCAAUAAAUUCUGCUCCAACAGAAACUUGGGUUAUCCCAGCUGAAUGUUUGGAGAUGUAUUCUCACGAGUAGUCUUUAAGGAUCGUGAAAUGAGAGAACAAGUUGGGGUUCGCUUAUUCUUUCCCUGAACAUUCUUGGUGCCACUGCUCUUGAUUGGAGCUCCUCUAGGAGAUAGAGACGUUGAUUGCUCAACUACGCUUGGAGUUGGAGUGGUAGUGGACUUUUUCCCUAGCUUCUGUGGCAGAGGAUGAGCCACUGGAACCUGUUGGAAGAAAUCAAGGAUAAUAAUAAAUGAUUAAACACUGAGUUAACAUAUUAUGGUUAUCGCAGAAGCAUAGCUGCACAGCUCGACAAACAUACCUUGUCUAUCUCACUCUUUUGUGCUUUUCUUUCUUUAUAGAAAUCAGGAAGUGGCCUGGCCUUGAAGCAAAGGGUUUGGCGAAAUUUUCCAAUCUCUAUUCCUUCUUUCUCCUGCAUAAACCAUAGAGAUUCAUGUAUUGAGCCAAGUUGUGGUGACCAAAAUUAGUUUGAUAAAGGUAGUGUGCAUGGCUGUUUUCUGCCUAGGUCCAUUAAGCUGCUUUCUUUUUUUCGUAUCUUGGUUUGUACAAACAAAAAUGGCAAAGGAUUGAAGAAGCUUCGUAAGGAGAGAACAACCUUGAGUUUUCUUUGUACCUGCACCUUUUGUGCCUCAUUAGCAUUGAACUUUUCUUCAAGCUUCUGAAAACAUGAGGUCCAUAAGUACUUCAACCACAUAUACAACUAUCUCAUGAAACAGAUUUGAUCACAAUUUAGGAACAUGUAUAUAGAAGAGAAAAGGCAAACCCUUGCCUUCUUUCUACUUGCAGCUCUUUCCUCAGUUCUUAAGUUGAAAGGGGCAGAUGAAAAUGGGGACCGCGCCUUGUUUCUGCAGGCACUCAAAAACUUUGAACAACUGGCCAAAUUGGGAAAGAAAAAGAAAAAGAAGACAUAAGAGCUCAAAGUCCCUUUUAGAGAAAUGGCGCUAGGUGGGACCCAUAGUAAAUCCAUUAAUUCAGAUGUUUAAUAUUUGAGAAUUCAAGUUGAGUUGCUCUGCA